AUGUUCUUCUUCGGGAGUCUCCUCUACACGGCCGUUCUUAUCAUCAACGCGAUUGCCAUCCUUUCCGAGGACCGCUUCCUCGCUCGCAUUGGAUGGGGCAACACCCAGGUUGACCCCGGCUUCGGCGCCGCCUACGACAGCACCAGCGUGAAGGCCAAGACGAUCAAUCUGAUUGCCAGCGUGCGGACAGUAAUGCGGAUACCCCUGAUCGCCAUUAAUACAAUCAUCAUUGUGUACGAAUUGAUCCUCGGAUGA